AUGAAUGAGGUCGAUGAUGAUAUUUGCUCAAGACAAAGACAGCGAGGAUAUCCAUCAAUUAAUACUGCGCGACCGAUAGUUACAACUACAACAAAUGAUAGUACAAUAGCACCAGCAACAGUAAUUAACACAACAGUAAGAAAUUCUACGUCAGUUUCAACACCGCAAACUGAAUUACCGAGAAGUGGGAAAAAUGAGGAAAAACGAGGCAUUCUUAGAAGUCUUUCGUUUCAAUUCAGUACUUCAUUAAAUCGUGGCAAACGUCGUAUGAAACAUGUCUUUGGUAAUUCACAUGAAGUUGAAGCAUCUGAAAGUAAGCCAAAUCGUUUAGAAUUGGCAAUGUAUUCAUCAACACUCGGCGUUCAACAUUAUGGUAUUAUGUUAAAACAAAGCAAACGAAAAAAUCGAACAGCAAAAUGGAAUAAACGGUUUUUUAUACUUAAAGAAUGCUUUUUGGUUUACUACAAAGUUUCUGAAAAAAAAACAUUCCAAAAGAGAAAGCGAAUGAAUCUACACCCAAAGGGUGUGGUGCCUCUAGUAGGAUGCUCUGUAGUAGCUGGUCAAGAUCAUGGACAUAAAAACUGCUUACUUAUCACUCACACACAAUUUAAAUCAGCUAUUAUAGUGUGUGCACCUGAUUCAAAAACGCAAGAAAGUUGGCUAGCUGCUCUUCGUGAUGCUACUAAAAUGCAAAAUACAAUUUCUUGGGAAAAAUUAGUGGAAGACUUAGAAAGCCAUGGUGUUCUUUUGAGUGAGGAAAAAAAAAUGUAUGAAGAAAAAUUAUUAGCUGAAGCAAAAGCUCGUCAAGAAGAACAUAGUCGAUAUUUGUGCUUAGAACGAGCAAAAGAUGAACUUGAAAAAGAACGAGAAAGACUAAUACGAAUGACUAAAAAAUUAAGAGAUGACCUACAAAGUGUAAAAAAUGAAUUAAAAAUAACAAACGAAACAAAAAAAACAUUAGAACAAGAAAAGAUUUCAUUGAAUGCUAAAACAGAGCAUCUCGUUAGCAAUAUGCAAUCAUUGAAUUUGGAGAAGUCUAAAAUCGAAGAGCAAGUCUCAUCAAUUAUUAAAGAACGUGAAAAAUUCUUACUUGAAAAUCAAAAUCUUUCAACUACUGCAUGCCAGUUGAAAAAUCGUUUAAUGGAAAUUGAAACUAAAACAAAUUGCAUUUUGGCGGAAAAGGAACGAGUUGAAGCAAUGCUUCGUUUGAAUGAAAAAAAAACGAUCGAUUUAGAAAAAGAAAGAGAAUAUUAUAAUAAUCAAACAAUGGAAUUAUUAAAUUCAUUAAGAGAAGUGAGUGAGCAACGAGAUAUGACAGAAGCCGAAUUGAAGGAUGAAGUGUUAGCACGUAUAGGGGCAGAAAAACAACUUCAAGCAGCAGAAAAAGCUUUGGAGCAUUUAGAAACUGCGUUAAAACUUACAGGAGCACAGAUGAGUGAACUUCAAGAACAUAUUAUGCCAGAUGUACAUAAAUUGCGAGAAUUUUUUGAACAGUGUGCCGAGGAAGCAAAAAUGGAUGCAAAUCGACCAAUUAUUAUGAGAAAUGCAUUACAUGCACGACGUUCAUUACGACGUAGCAAAACACGUAUCCGCGGUUCAUUUCGACGUAAAUUAGCACCUGUAAUAACUUUACAACCAGUUUCAACAGCAACUGAUACCAAUACUAUUUUAUCAGAAGAAACAUCAAAUUCAGAAGAAUCAACGACGAAAAUUGAACCAAAUAGCCUCAUGCAUCUUUAA